UGUCUGUGUGUUAUAUGCAAAGGGAACGACGAAACACUAGAGAUGUUUGUCAAUGCUGCAUAUGCAUUGGAGAAGAGGUCCUGGGACGAUUCAAAUACCUUCUGUCGGAUAAAAGGCGGCGUGCUUGCUGAUGUAAGAGAAAACCAGAAAUCGCUUGAGAGAAUUGCCAAAGAACUGAACAUUACCAACUCAAAACCAACUUUCUGGGUGGCACUUAAUAGAGCGAACACCCCAACAAAGCAAAUAACAGGAAGUUCCUCGUUCAAUACUUACGCGCGGUGUUUCUACAUCAAACAUGAUGGAAGUCGUUCUAGACACAAGAAUUGUGACGACAUGGCAUUUGCUUCCUGUAGGAAAAAAGACGCAAUCUCCCAUAUGGAUCUCACUCCGACCAAAGACGAUAGUAGUUCUGAGGAAAAUAGCACGUCUAGCAUCCAAGUCACUGAUAUCUCGAUUGGUGUAGUAACGACGGUACUGCUGACAACAGUAAUAGUCGUCGCUGCGAUGACCGUUUACAUUGGAAAAUUAAGGAAAAUCAUUUCUGCGGACAAUAUUGAAGACAACAACCGAACAAAUACCGACACACAACAACAGAUAGUCCCGGAUCGCUCGAAUGAGGACGAGGAUGGAUACGAGAUUCCUAACGUCGUCGUUAAUGACUACGUCGAGUUAGUCGAUAUAAGUAACUACGAUGAAAUGAGUAGUUACGAGUGGUUUCAGGGACCGGAUACCAGUGAGAAUCCAUACAGACAACUUAAUUCAGGGGAAGACACUGUUCAGGGCUCUUCACCGUUAGGGCAUUAUGAGAGUUUAGACACCGGCUCUAGGUCUGCUAAUAACACGUACACCUCCCUGACCUGAGAUCAAAAGCUUGAAAUUGAACAUGACCAUACCUAUUACUUAUUGUUUAUUCAUUUCUGAUGUUAUUUGUUUUGUAUUUUCAUGGAUUCGUUUCGCCCUAUCAAGUGUGCACAAGUAGAAAUAUUGUUCAUUAUACAUAUAUAUAUAUCGACAUUAAGUAUAGAAUGAAAUUGGCACUAGCUUGCACAUUUGUUCGAAAUCCUCAUACAGCCGUCUGUCAGUGAAAUUUUCACAACAUAAUACUAGUUUUACAGCUAACUCGUUACCUGAUUAAAUUAUGUUGAUCAUUUUUCGAGUUUUAACAAAUCUAACUCUGCUUCUGCUAAGUCUGCUGUAAACAAUAUGUUUUGUGAAAUCCAAAUGAUACAGUACCACAGUUUAACUUGAUCACUAUUAAGUGCCAGAGAAAAAAUCGAUUGAACCCUUGAAUAGAGGAAUGUAGUAAAGCCUAAAUCUAAGAAGCUGUGAGACUCUUCGCCUGAAACUUUUUUUUAUGAAAUUAGUUUCAUGAUGCUGUUUAUGCACGUAGAGUAAUAUCGAAAUUGUACUUACAAGUGUAUCCUAUAAUUAGUUAGUAACCAUAUACAGUUUUUGUAUUACGUUAUUUACUGACUAGAAAUCAAGCUUUGAUAAAACAAUCUGGCAUCUCUAGUUUUACACAGGAUGCCGUAUUGAAUUUAGUUUAUGAUAGCAAUAUACAUUUAUUUAUUAUAUAUUAUUUCUUUUGUUUUCAAUGCAAAAUUUUGAAUGCAUAUUUGCACAUAUCAUUCUGCGAGAACAAAACGUUAUUACUAAAAAAAUCGAUUUGAAUGUCUUGCAUGAUUUUUUCUUUUUUAUCGUAGAAUCAUUUGUCAAAUUAAACAUAAACAUUGCAAAAAAUACAAUUUAUAUAGUUUUUAAUCUGAAAUUCAUAUACUCUAAAAACCUCCAGAAAUCAAAAUUUCAUUUUAAUUAGGGACGGAUGCUUGAACCAGCUAAGGCUAUAUAUUCACAUGUAUGUCGGACGCAAUUGUCAUCUAACAUUGAUGAUAAGAAAAUUGUUUAUAAUAUAUAUAAGUAUAUGUUUAUGGAUUUUGUUAUAUAAAAGUGUUUGAAGUGUGA